AUGGCAGCCCAUAUAAAGCCUGUCAUUCUACACGCCCAUGCGACGGGCCCGAAUCCGAUCAAGGUGGCGAUUGCCUUGGAGUCACUGAAAGUUCCCUACACAAUCAAGAUGUGGGAUUUCGGCGAUGACCCAAACACCGGCGUCAAGGGAACUGCGUUUCUGAAAAUCAACGAAAAUGGCCGAGUGCCGGCUCUGGAAGACCCAAAUACGGGAGUUGUCUCAUGGGAAUCCGGGGCUUGUAUGAAUUACAUACGCCGAGUGUAUGACAAUGGGAACACAAUUGGUCCCCCUGGUGAGUCGGCACAGGAUCUGGUAGAUUUCGAGAAAUGGGAGUAUUUCUUGUUAUCGACGUUAGGUCCAAUGACGGGUCAGACAAAUUGGUUCCGACACUAUAACUCGCAGAAGAACGAUGACGCCCUCCAGCGCUAUACUGCUCAGACUUAUCGAUGUUAUGAUGUUCUGGAAAAACAGCUGGACAAGUCUAGGGGUCAAAGCAUUAUUCCGGGCCGAAUCACGGCUGUCGAUUACCACUUUGAACCUUGGGUUAGACAACAUUCAUUUGCUGGACUUUCUCUGGAGAAGUAUCCUAUGAUCAAAGGAUGGUUGGACUUGAUGGGAACUCGGGAGGAAGUCCAGGAGGCUUAUCUCAAAAUCAAGAAUGCUAAAUGA